ACCGGGGCCCAAGCGUGCUCUUCUCCACCCAUCGAGACUCUUUGCCCAGAGAGAAGGAGAGAAAGAGAGCAGAGGAGAGGGGUUUGAGAGAGAGUGAGAAGGGAUUAGCGAUGGCUCCGGUGAAGCUGUACGGCCCGACCCUGUCGUGGAACGUGACGAGGUGCGUGGCGGCCCUGGAGGAGGCCGGCGUCGAGUACGAGCUCGUGCCCAUCAACUUCGGCACCGGCGAGCACAAGAGCCCCGAGCACGUCGCCAGGAACCCCUUUGGUCAAGUGCCAGCUUUGCAGGAUGGUGACUUGUACGUUUGGGAAUCCCGUGCUAUUUGCAAGUAUGCAUGCCGCAAGAACAAACCAGAGCUGCUGAAGGAGGGCAACCUCGAGGAGUCAGCAAUGGUGGAUGUGUGGCUCGAGGUGGAGGCCCAUCAGUACACUUCCGCGCUGAGCCCCAUUCUCUUUGAGUGCCUCAUCCAUCCUAUGCUCGGGGGAGCCACUGACCAGAAAGUCAUUGACGAAAACCUUGUGAAACUGAAGAAGGUGCUGGAGGUGUAUGAGGCACGCCUGACCAAGUGCAAGUACUUGGCUGGAGACUUCCUCAGUCUUGCAGACCUUAACCAUGUUUCUGCGACCCUAUGCUUGGCGGCUACACCCUAUGCUUCCUUGUUCGACGCCUAUCCACAUGUGAAAGCCUGGUGGUCUGACAUGCUUGCUAAGCCAUCUGUCCAGAAGGUUGCUGCACUGAUGAAGCCAUCAUCUUAAACUAGUUUCUAGGCAGGUUUCUCCGCGGCCAUGAAAUAAGCCAAUUUGUGUCACGAUGUUUGCUUUCCCAGGUGUGUGUUGUUGUGAUGUGUCCUGGAUGUUGAGUCUGUUCAGGCUUGUGUUGUGGUGAUGCUCGUGAUCCUGUCUAAUCUUGUACUGAAAUGAGCAUUCGCGUGCUCUGGUCUUGAGAACUUUCAUAAUAAAUUUUAUCUUUCCGUAUCUGA